AAUUGUUUCAACCGAAACAUUCGAAAUUUCGAAUCUUUGCGGAGGAAUCGACAAGAAACGUAGCACGGCGACGCGCACACACAUAGAGCCAUAGAGGCAUAGCAGAGUGGCCACAAAAGGAAAAUGGCGGCGAUAACUCGACUGCGCCUCCUCCACCACUCUUCUCCGACCCUCAAGCCCUCCUUACUCUUAUCAAAGUGCCCUCACUCUCCCUCCCACUCCUUCAACACCAAUCUCCGCCGCAAAUUCUCCGCUACUCCUCUCUGCUCCAACUCAGUUUCAACCCACCAGAGUUCGUCUUCGGCGGAUGGAUCGGGAGGGUCUAUAGUGGGGGAUCUUCUGGACUAUCUCAAUGAAUCCUGGACUCACUUUCAUGCUACGGCCGAAGCAAAACGACAACUAAUUGCUGCUGGUUUUCAUUUGUUAAAUGAGAAUGAUGAAUGGGACCUAAAGCCUGGUGGACGAUACUUCUUUACGCGAAAUAUGUCUUGCUUAGUUGCUUUCGCCAUUGGAGAAAAGUAUGCUGUUGGUAAUGGUUUUCAUGUCAUUGCUGCGCACACAGACAGCCCAUGUCUAAAACUAAAACCAAAAUCUGCAUCUUCCAAGUCUGGUUAUCUAAUGGUCAAUGUGCAGACCUAUGGUGGUGGUUUAUGGCAUACUUGGUUUGAUAGAGACUUAAGUGUUGCAGGAAGGGUGAUAGUGAGAGGUAGCGACGGUUCUUUCAUGCACAAGCUUGUCAAAGUAAAAAGACCUCUGUUAAGGAUACCAACACUGGCCAUUCAUCUUGACCGCACAGUGAAUAAGGAUGGAUUUAAACCAAAUCUGGAGACCCAUCUGAUUCCAUUACUUUCAACAAAACUAGAGGAAACUUUGGAGUCAAAAGAGAAAAGUACAGCAUCUUCUUUAAAACCUGCUCAUCAUCCACUGCUUAUGCAGGCUUUGUCAGAUGAGCUGAACUGUGGCAUUCAUGACAUAGUGAGUGUUGAGUUAAAUAUUUGUGAUACCCAGCCUGGCUGCCUUGGAGGUGGGAACGAUGAAUUUAUUUUCUCUGGAAGAUUGGACAACCUCGCUUCAAGUUAUUGUGCAUUACGGGCUCUUAUUGAUUCAUGUAAAUUAGCCAGUGAUUUAUCAAGUGAACAUGCAAUUAGGAUGGUUGCUUUAUUUGAUAAUGAAGAGGUGGGUUCAGAUUCAGUUCAAGGAGCUGGUGCACCAACCAUGUUUCAGGCCAUGAGACGCAUCGUUAGUUGCUUAGUUAAUGAGUAUGUAGGUGAAGGUGCUUUCGAGCGUGCAAUUCGCCACUCAUUUCUUGUGUCUGCAGACAUGGCUCAUGGAGUUCAUCCAAAUUUCAUGGAUAAGCAUGAAGAACACCAUCGACCAGAAAUGCAAAAGGGGCUUGUUAUCAAGCACAAUGCAAACCAGCGUUACGCUACUAGUGGUGUCACAGCUUUCCUAUUCAAAGAAGUUGGAAAAAUCCAUAACCUUCCAACUCAGGAAUUUGUGGUGAGAAACGAUAUGGGAUGUGGUUCCACCAUCGGUCCAAUUCUUGCUUCAGGAGUUGGCAUCCGUACUGUUGAUUGUGGCAUUGCUCAACUUUCAAUGCACAGUGUGAGAGAGAUAUGUGGUAAGGAAGAUAUAGACAUUGCUUACAAGCAUUUCAAGGCAUUCUAUCAAACCUUUUCAAGCAUAGACAGGAAGCUGAAGGUGGAUUUUUAAGAUAUAGUCUGUUACGUUCAUGAAGUCGGUAAGAAUAAUCUAUAUUUGAAUGCAUGGUCCUACUUGAAAUUAUAUUUGUUCAUUGAGAGAGAAUUGUAUUCAUUUCUUCAUGUAACAAAUCUGUAGCUCAUAACAUUAUUUUCUUUCUCAAUCCUACAACAAAGAGUUGUCAGAAACUGGAUAUGCAGCUAGAUUUGAGACUUAAAGAAAAGUUGCUAUCAUUACUUGUAUCUAUUAGGUUUGGCACAUGAGGAGAAUGGAAUCAAACUGUAAUCUUUAUGAUCCAUGUUUGUUGGAACCAACUGUAUCUGGGGCAGAAGUAGAGCUGAUAUUCUGGUCAGGGUUGCCAUCCGUGUUUGCUUUGGAGAGUUUCCGCUUUAGUUCGGACAACAAAGCCUGAUUCUCUUGGUUUAGCAGUUGAGCUUUCUUCCUUAGCCUCUCAUUUUGUUGGAUUAUGUAACAGUUUUGCAAAUAUAGCUGUGAAUUCAGCUUCUCCAUUGGUACUGCCCCUGAAAUUAUGACACAAAAAAGAAGUAAUAAUCUUUUAACA